AUGGCGAGAACGGCCACAGCGGCCCGUGAAGGUAUGGGCGUUCGACGUGUCCAAGCAGGUCUUCGGUUCUGUCCUGCUGCACCUAGCCAACCUGCUCGCAUCGAUGUUUUCUGCUGGCCAGAUACCCGUGACUGCGACUUAUCAGCCCAACCCGUGCUCACAACCUUGGGCAUCCCCAUCUUAAUCCUGUUCCUCCGCAUCCUCAACCACGCCGCGCUGUACACCCCUCUCGCCAACCCGCCCGAAUCCAUCGAAUCGGGAAACUACGGCCGCCCACCGAGCGCCUGGUGGUGGUUCAAGCAGUCCAUGAUCUACUUCUUCGGUCUGCUGUGUAUGAAAACCUGCGUCGUCGUGCUGAUCCACAUGCUCCCCUUCAUCGUCAAGAUCGGCGACUGGGCCCUCCGGUGGACAGAGGGCAACACCGCGAUCCAGAUUUUCUUCGUCAUGCUUUUGUUCCCUGUCAUCAUGAAUGCGGUGCAGUAUUACAUCAUUGAUAUCUUUAUCAAGAAGCCGAUCCCUGUUGUGAGGUGUGAGCGAGUGCCGGGUGGAGAUCUGGAUGGCAUUGAUAGCGAUGAUGAUGGCGUUGUUGGUGGUGCUGGUGCUGGCGGUAGGUUUGAUGAUGCAGGGAUACAGCGGCGGGAUGACGAUCGACAUCGACGAAGGGGUUUGCUGGCGGGGAUUGACGAUGAGGAUGCUGAAUUUUCGAGCGAUGAGGGAGACCGUGUCGUGUUUCCGGAUGAUGACGAGCGCGGGGUGAAGCAUUCGUUGGAGGCUGGUGAUAGAGGCAAUGGUGCCACGACUUGA